AUUUAUUAAUAUUAUUCCAAUUUAAAUUAUGUAUGAAAUAUUAAAAAUAUAAUUAAUCAAUAAAAUUUUUGCAAUUAUGGUGUAAUUACAAAUUUCUGUCAUAUCUAUGUGAUGUGUGUUCAAAGUUUUUAGUUUAACCUGCAAUAGAUUCGACCAUGGUUAUUCCGGCUAUUAAAAUGCAUAACACUCAGGUUAUAUUGAAGCGGCCGUACCCGGCUAGUAUGGAGGAGUGCAAGAAAAGAGCACAAGGCACGAAAGUUUCUAAGAUAGCGAAUAUUUUUCAAGGAAUGCCUUCAAGGGACGACGAAGACAUGCGCGGAAGUGAUGUGACAGUUGUGCGAACUGAAAGCCAUUUGGCGAGAUUUAAUAAUGCUAGGGCUCUAUUUGAAAAAUUAGGUGAAGAAAAUCGUAAUUUUCGUAUUGAGAAGUCUCCAUCCGCAGCCGCCAGUUUUGCUGGUACUCGCGGUGUUCUGCCAGUGGUACCAUCUCGUUCACGUUCAAGUUCCGCGGGAUCUGUUAGCCCUACACGGAACACAGCGACUGGACAUGUGAGUUUGGGCUCCACCGUUGUAAACGGUGAUCGACUUUCUAAUGGUGCUGGUCAACAGCCUCCCCCCAAGCCAAUUAAACCUAGUGUUCUUCCAAAGCCAGAGAAACCAGAUAGAAGAUUUAAUAAAGAACUCAUAGAAAAACAAAGAAAUUGGACGGCGCACUUUAAUAAACAGCGGCCGAGUAGACACGAUCAAGAUCAGAGAAUAGAAAAUAGAUCAACUGCUUUCCAAGAUAGAAGAUCCCCUGAAGUGUCGGAGAGACAUGUGGUUCCGUCACGAGUUUACUCGCCUCCUCUGUCACCAGGCGCUGGUGAUACUCAUAUAGAACGUCCAAGUACUCUUCCUUCUGCUUUAGUUAGUCGAGGUAUACAUGUUGCGAAAUCUCCUAGUCCUAAUAAAAAUAUUGCUCCUGUAUUACCUUCGCCUAGAUCUAGUAAUGUAGUAUCACCUACACACAGAACAGAUGUCCUCAUUUCACCCUCAGUAAAACGAGACGAUCUUAUCUCUCCAGUCAGACAUAGUCCGCAAAAAAGUGAUUCCUUAGAAAAACCGCAAGUUUAUUACGGCAGGGGAUCCAUUUCACCUGAUACAAAAAAAAGUAUUAUAGAAAAAGAUGAAUUAAAAAUAGAAGCAAGUUCGAAAUCUGUAACGCCGACAGAAAACUUGUUCCCUUCAGAAACUCCUUCGAUACCUUCAAUUGUCGAUGAUAAUUUAAGUUUCAUUUACAACAAACCGUUACCAUCCCCACCAAUUUGCGCACCGAGAUCUCCACCACCGCCGAUACCGGAAACGAAGACCAUCGUCACUGGCUCCUUAGAAUCUGUUACGGAAGUUAAUGAGAUAACCUCUUGUAUAUCAAAAGUGAACAUUUCAAACGAUGAUGUUGAUUUCGUUAAUGAUAUCAUAAAGGAAUCUCGAGCCAUUUCGUCUAUAACACCCGCUGAUAAUGAAAGUGAAUUGAUUGCAUCAGAAGCAUCUGUCAUACAAACGCCGGACGUGGAUGUUGUUCCUAGAUCGCCUCCGAAGAGCCGAGAUGAUGAUUAUGAGACGGUGAACUAUAGUGAUUGGGAUGACAAGAUUAAACGGAAAUCAUUAACUUGUGAUUCAAAUAGUGCAGUUCUUGAGGAAGAAGCCCCAAAGUCGCUUGAACCCGAAUUGGCUUCACCGGGACGUGACCCUGAAUUUUCACCGUCGCCCGCACCAACCCCUGUUCAAGUGGGUGUCGGUGGCAAGUCAUCGGAGGCGGAGGAGACGGUGGUGAGAGGACGUUCCCGCGCGUCCAGCGUGUCGGACGAGGGCGGGUUCAACGAACCCUCGCCGGAGGUGGUAGCGAGACUUCGCCCCGCCGACUACCGCGACCCUCACCAGCAGCCGCAGCUCACUCACGACAUACGGGACGCCGAGCGGGCGAGAUCAGACCCCGACACGCUGUCCGUUCUGCAACAGGACUCGGGUGUCGUAGUGAGCGAAGCGAGCCAGGGCUCCAUCGAGGUGCUCGACAAAUCGACCACCAGCCAAUGGAGUGUGUCGGAGGAGCCGGCCGACGACGCCAAGCAACCCGACAGUAUGACGCCGGACGAAGCGGAGAUCCUGCUCAGCUCCAGUAUACUGGAGAAAAAACUUAGGCAAGAAGCUUUGCUGUCGGACGAGCAGGCUCAAGAGAUAGUGGCUCUUCUGUCACCUCAUGCGAUCGCUCACGACAAUGGCGUGUCCCUCAACGACAGCUACCAGUCCGUGCUCUCGUAUGAGAGCAUGCAGUCAGUGGACGAGAGCUAUGAGUUCGUAUCAUUAGAGGCGGACGCGGGCAUGGCGGGAGGGGACGCGCCGCAGCUCGAGCCCCGAGCCGAGCCCGAGCCCGAGCGCGAGCACGAGCCACAACACGAGCCCGAGCCCGAGCGCGAGCCGCAGCCCGAGCCCACAGUGUUCGACCACUACCCACCGCACUCGUUACGAGAACUCGCAGAGGAGAACGGUAUUCAUUACUUUGAAGACGGACACUUUUAUACAGAGGUCGCCGGCCUGCCGCCCAUAGAGGAGGACGACGACGAUGAUUACUACCCACCAGUAUUUGUUAAAAGAAAUACCAAAGUUAAAUUUAGCACUGAUCCGAUGCGAGUGUUCUCAACGCACUCCGUCCGCGAGUACGAUCGCCGGAACGAGGACGUUGACCCCGUGGCCGCCUCCGCUGAAUACGAACUGGAAAAGAGAGUUGAGAAGAUGCACGUCUUCCCUGUGGACUUGGUGAAAGGAGCGGACGGACUAGGGCUGUCUAUUAUUGGCAUGGGCGUCGGAGCUGAUGCCGGUUUAGAGAAGUUGGGUAUUUUCGUGAAAACGAUCACAGAGAGCGGAGCGGCCGCCAGAGACGGACGAAUACAGGUCAACGACCAGAUCAUCGAGGUUGACGGGAAGAGUUUGGUGGGUGUCACUCAAGCGUAUGCGGCAUCAGUUCUUCGCAAUACAUCCGGUCCCGUCAAGUUUCUGAUCGGUAGGGAGAAGGAUCCUGAGAACAGUGAAGUAGCGCAUCUCAUACGACAGUCUCUAGCUGCGGAUAAGGAGAGAGAAGAGAGAGCUUCUCGCGAGCGACAGAGAAGACAACAGACGGAAGAAGAGGUCAGUCCGCCAGCUGAUGUGCGGCAUCCAGAUAUAGUUGACCUGAGGGCGUUACUCAAUGAGGUGGUGGGUAUGGAGGCGGGCGGUGGUAGUGGACAGGAGAUUAAUGCUCGUGUACGUGAGUGGUGCGCCGCGCGGGCACCAUCCGACCAGUUAAGAAGAGCUCUGGCAGCGGCCGCGGACACGGCACACAGGGCUCAUCGGAAAUAUGAUAAGGCUCGUCGCGCUCUCCGUGAGUGGCGCCGCACGCGGGCGAUGGUCCGCGCUCGCGAGGAGUGGUGGAGCGGCACUCUGAGGGACGUGCAUCGUGAGUACGCCGCCGCGCUCUCAGCACUACACGACCGAGUCGCCCGGCUGGAGGUGCUGCUGCUGGAAACUCAAAAGAAAGCCGGUCUACCCGUUAUGUUACCGCACGAACCCUCGGCCCGACGUGAGACGCCGCCGCUACCUCGCAGACCAGACCCUGAUCCUCUGCUCAUAAAUGACCCUUGGAGUUCAGACAGCGAUCUUUCGGACCUCUCUCCCAUAGAAGAUGAAUAUGCCAAAGUAGACAAGUCAGAAAAAAAACCGCGAGAAGCGCCGGAUAUAGGUGACGUGACAGUGACCACCACCAACGAUAUCAAACCUACAACCACCGACAACUCAAUAUACAGCACCAUCACGACGGCGGCGUACGCGGUGACGUCUACGACAAACGUCACGGUGGUGACGUCACAGCCCCCCACCCAAGCCCCCGCCCCCGCACUACCGCCGACGAAUUCUAUUAGCCACGUGUCUGUAACUACGGCAACACCAACUACAGUCACGGAGAGCUUGAACGGUGCAAACGCCAGCGCAGUGUCCACUACGACCCUAACGGCGACAUCCAACACAAGUUCCAACGUCGGUGCAAACGUGGGUAGUGUGGAGGUGACGUCACGAGAGCUGGACGCGGCGGUGCCCCGCGGCGCGCUACUCGACACGUCCGCACACCGCGCGCGCACAGACCUCGCACGGCACAGACACCACGCGCCGCUCUCACACUCGGCACACUCGCCGCACUCGCUCAGCAAUGCGAGCUCUUACGACGGGUUGGAUGAUUCAUACAACGACUCCGCAGACGAAUCGCUGAGCGAGUCCACAUCAGGGGCGCCGCCUCAUGCAGCACAUCAUAUUCAGCGAGACACUCGACAGAGUUGUGGCAGCUCAAUUGGCAGCGCAACCGACGACGGAAUGUACACGCGAGAUACAAGACAUCACCCGCUCUCAGGUCCGCCGGCGUCGCUGGCGGAGCAGCUGAAGCAGGUGUUGGCGGAGCGCGAGCGGCGGCUGGCCAGCGGAUCCCCCCACCCUGACCCCGUGCAGCUCACCAACGACCUCGUGGACGAGAUACGCCAGGCCGUCAGCGAAGCUAACGCCAGAGUGAAGAAAGCUCCGGCUUGUGUAGUCGGCGGCGAGGUGCCGUGGCAGCCGCUGUCUGCGGGGGCUUCUGAGACCAGCCUGUCGCCGGGUCCCCACGGCCCGCAAGGCCCCCACGGUCCGCAAGGCCCCCACGGACCACACGUGUCACUCACGUCACUAGUCGCCUCGCCCCAGCCAGUCAACCUCUGGACUAAGCAACAGGUGUGGCAGUGGGUAUCGAGCCUGGGCGAGGGUCUGGAUCGUCACGCGGGUUCGUUCGCGACGCGCGGCGUUGAUGGCUCGCUGCUGUUGGCGCUCAGCUCCAGCGACCUGAAGCUGCUGGGUCUGGCGGGGGACGAUCGCCGCCGUAUGAAAAGACGCCUCAAGGAUCUGCGGGCCUCGCACGACAAGUACCUCAAGGCGGUCAAGAAAGCGGAGAAGAAAGCCAAGAAGAAGUAACCAACCAACGACGUCUGUUUCAGAGAAUAGUUCCCCUUACUGUAUCUAUAUCUGUAUGCUUUGAUUCUUGCCCGUCUUACUCGAUGAUGUCCUUUCGACGCCUGGUUUUUAUAACAAUAUGAACUUUCUCUGAACAGAUAAUAACCAGUAAGAUCGAUUAGUCGCUGUAGUCAUGAACUAGAUAACAAUAGAUUAGAAAAUAAUCAGUGUGAAAUCUCCCGGUACUCAUGAGAGCAUCUUGCUGCCAGUACACGUCUGCCGUCUAGUCGCCAUGAUUGGCUAGUAACGUUUGCCAGCUGUUAGACUGCCAUAGAGAGAUUUGGACACAUAGAAAAUAAAAAAAUUGUAUAUGACUAAAGUGUAAAGGCGAUGUAAAUCAAAGCUGCCUGAAAGCCUAGAGUGCCAUCUGAAAUAUAGCCGUUAGUGAGUAGAGACGAUAGUGACGCUAUGAACGAAUAAUCGAAUCGUUUUGAUCGAAACUAGUAUAAUAUAAGUGAACGAUAUAUGACUAUCCCGACAAGUGCUACCAAAGUAACAAAUACAAUUAAUAUAUUUUCAACACUGAAUUCUUUUGUUCCUACAUUUUUUUAUAAUAAAACAUCUCUUUCUUAAUUUUCCUAGUUAUGCGAGUGGAUGGUUCGUCUGAUGAUACUGGCUCAAUCUAGUCAUAAGAUCAAUUUGUAAGCUGUUCGGACUUUAUAAACUACUAUUGCAUUUUAUCUUGGAAUUUUCAAAUUUUUAGAAUAUAUUGUAAUUGUCAUGUGUAAUAUCUUUAGGACUAUACAUUAUGUAAUAAAACAGUAAAUAAAUAGCCUUCAGUAUUUGUAUCUCAAUAUAUAGUUAACUACAAAUUCAUUCAAGUUAAAGCAUUUAUUUAUAUUAUUGUAUUGCACAAAAUGUACUUAGUCAGGUGACUGAAUUUUUGCAUCAUUAUAAACCGAUUUCUUAGUACUAUGUAUAUCUAAAGUAUUCGUUAAAAAUCAUUCAUUACAUAGUGUGAUCUCAUAGAAAACAAUUCUAAUCGAUAAUCAUUAUACUAACAGUAUUUACUAGAGAACUGUUUACAUCCCAGUUCCUGUAUUGCAGACUCCACAAUAUCUAUUACAUUCCAAUGACUUUCUCUUAAAAUGUUUUUUCUGUGUGAUUCGAAUGAUUUUUUAGGCGCUUUAUAGUUUUCUUAGGCAAAAUAUUAGGGUUUAUAUAAGUGUCUUUCAGUCUGUGGUCGCUGUAUUCAUUGAGUGUCUGUUUCUGUAGCUACAUUAGCAUGUAAAUAACGUCUCGGGGGAUCUGUUGGAGGUGUGCAGAGACUGUUUCGGUAUGUUUCUUGUGUUUGUGUGCCUGAUUGUAUAUCAUUUAGAAUAUUUAUUUCGAUUAAGGUUUAACAGGUAAUAUAAGUAAGACUCCAUUAACGAUUGCCAAAAUUGAUGAGUACUUUAUAACAUUGUUGAUUUUAUUAUUUUACUUUCCCUUAAAUUAUUUAAUAUUUAUUUUGGGACCAAAUUAAUUUAUUGUAACCUUACAGUUUAUUGUUUAUGUAUUUUGGGUGUGUUCAGAAAAGAAUUUUAUUUAUAAAUAAAUAAAGAAACCAAAGUCUACAACAA